AUGGCGGCGUCCAGUGGGACAGGCACUGGAGGUAGCCGCGGAGAGGCAGGUGGCAAGGGCGAGCCUGGCGGAACCGAGGUCAGGGCCGCUGCAGUCCGGCGUCGGGGUGAGACGAUCAUCCUUGGAGCCCCGGCCCAGAUCUCCGAGCUCAAGUUUACCAGUGAGCAAGAUGGAAACUGCAUCACCUUUUAUGAUCUAACCUCAGAACACACCAUCACUUCCGUCACCUUCUAUCGGUUGAAGCAAUCACAAGCCUGGCCAGAUUCAUAG